UUACUGUCGCGUUACAGUAGGAUUAUAUAUUAAGUAUUCAUAAAUAUCUCUUUAACCACUUAAAUCAUCAGAUUUCAACUUUUUUAUUAGCACUUUCUAGGGAGGUCAAGAGGUUGAGAAUUCGCAUGUAAUGUACCGUACUUGCUGCUAGAACGAAUUAACGUUACUAUUUUUAUUUAUUUAUUCAUUGGUAUUGUGAAUUUCCUCUUGCAAUAGAAAUGUGGAUGGUGCAUCACCUUUUUAUAUACCUUGGUGCUGUUUGAUUACCGUAUACACCGUUUGUAUUGAGAAAUAACACAAUAUGGCUGUGAAUGUCAGAAGAGGUUUGGAGAUCCCAGAGCCAUCAGAUUACAGCAGCUGUGAAGAUGAUGAUAUGACUUAUUUCACAGAUCUGAAGCAGCCUGAUAAUAAUCUACCUGAGUCUGCGAGAGUGAUCAAUAAGCUGUUAAAUAACCUUGUUGACAAUGCAUGGGACGUUAUAUCACAGCAGGAGAACAUCAAGAGGGAUGAACAAGCAGCAAGACAAAUCCCUGUGCUGAGUGCUACUAAAGAAAUGAAGCUUCCAGGCAGAACUAAUAGCAUUGUGUGCUCUGAGGAUGGACUUUACCUGUUUCUGGGUCACAUUAAUGGUCUGUCAGUCAUCAGUACAUUCACUCUCACCUGUGUAAGAACGUGGCAAGAUGAAAGAGUGGAGCUUACCAGCAUCUCUUGUGCCUCGCUGGGAAAUGCCACACACCUCUUAUGCACAGUGGAUGACAUGGGUAUUGCGCGGCUUUUUGUGCAUCACAUGGAGAAUAUUUAUUUAAUUAAAGUCAUCAACGAAACUGAAGAUAUAAACCAAAGAAACAUCUGUGCAAAAUUUGAAGUGUCUAGAAGUGGGGACUUUGGAGCUGCAGUCAUGACAUGUAAAUUUCCUAUUAAAAUAUGGAAAUGUAAUAUAAAACUAAAAAUAACUGAUUCAUUAAUGCUGUUAUGGUGUAUUUUCAAUGAAGUCAGUGGAUCUGUUUGGCUGGAUGUCUAUCGCUUCCCACAAGAUGUGUGGAUCAAAGAGCUGGAAACCAAACAGGCUACACAAACCUCACAGACCACAGAAGCCAAAUUGUCACCAAUAGUCUUACUCAUGAAGAUCAAACCUCCAGAAAUCCCUGCAGGAACCUCUCUGAAAAGUCCAUCUGAGGUCCUGCAGAAGACAGAGGAAGGCACUAUAAUAGGCUCAGGCCAAAAUCACCUCAUUAGUAGUCGUCAAUGGGAAAACCAGGAUGCGGCAUUCAGGAAAGUUUUCAUGAAGUACCUCAGCUCCAGCUCUGUGAGACCACCACAGCAAAAAUCAGAAGGUCCAAGCAACUGUACUUGUCACUUCUUACUGCGUGAGGGGUUUCAUUCAAUGCCUGGGGAAGCGAAGGCAGCUAGAGAUAUUCCCAUUGCUGUGUGCCUGUGGUGGAAUGGCAGUCACAAUCUCUUACAUUAUCUUCUGUUGAAGACCCCUAAAGAGAAGGACAGUGAACCCAGACCAGAUGUUUUGUGGCCCAAUUCUCAAGAAAUCCUCUGCUCUGCCGUCAGUGCCUGCACACGGUUCAUUGUUCUUGGGCUUGACAGUCAACUAGUUACUAUAUGGGACCGACGGUUUGGGUAUCCAUAUGCCAAUAUUGUGAUCCCAGGAGACAGCGCCAUUUGCAGGAUGAAACUCCUUUUGCAGAGUCAAUUGCCAGUCACUCAACUCUUUCAGGGUCCUUUUUUACCCACACUACAGUUAGUGCUCACUUGCAGAAAUGGGGCAUGCUACAGUGUGACAGCGGGCAGAGGAGGAGACACAUGCACUGUUGCACUUAUUGAAAGACCUGCAGGCCAAGGCAGUUCUGUCACUGUUGCUGAAGCUGUGCCCUUCCUGAAGCGUCUGAUUUUGUUGAUGCAGAGAAAUGGGCAAGUAUCCAUAUGGGAAACGGAGGAUGAGGCACCAGUAUCUAUCUUAAACCUGCCUACAACUCAUGUGCUGGGAUCACUCAGGGAACCUGUGUAUCUGCUUGAGCCCGUCCAACAAAAACUGUAUAUUACAGGUGACAGAAAAACACCUUUGGUGAAGAUGACUGAUAGGAAAGAGGAUGAGAGCUCUCUCUUCAUCUUCAGCUUUUCAGAAUGCUUAUUGGUGGAUCUAUAUCGUGUCACAAGUCCAGCUGUAAGUGAAAAAGAGCCCAGAGCCACUCUCUCAGAUUUGGAGGAGGCCUGCAACCUUUACCUUCAGGAAAGAGCUGAUUCUUGGAAAGAGAGGAACAGAAAUUUGCCUUUCCAAUGGGAGCAGCUUUCGAAGCGUGGUAUUAAAUGAAGCUUCACAUACUACAAAGAGAUCCAGACAUGCCAUGCUGACAGACUUUUUUUUAAUAUAUAUAUAUAUAUUAAUGUGGAUCAAAUGCAUGCAUUCAUUCAUCAAUCAGCCAGAGAAAAUUGUACGAUUUAACUUUUAAUGUCAUAUUUUUAAAAAUACCAUUGAAUACUGUACAUUUAAAAUUCAAAUGAAAGUUCAUUUCAGUUUGGGUUUAUGAGGAGGUUACAUGUCAUUUUUCACAAGAAGCUAUUCUUCAUGAAACCAGGCCAAUGCAAAUGUGUUUGUAUAUGCACAUAUCCUAAUAUAUGUUUAUAUAUACGUGCACUUGAUUAAGCUUAUUGUGACUUGAUUCUAGCGUUUUUCCAAAAUGUACAGCUCAGUUGCAGUAAGUAGUUGUUAUCUUCUUAACAAAGGUCAAGUAAACAAAAUUCAGUAUAUUUGUUAGUAUAUCUGUUAUGCAGUCUCAUAGUCUGUUCUGAAGUCAGAAAAUGUUCAUAUAAUAUCACAGCUAAUCAUGUCUCCCACACAUUAUACUGAAUGUCAACACAAUUUAUCUGGUUUUAUUGUUCUUAUGUAUUUCAUAAGACAGGCCAUAGGCACUGGUUUUCAGAUUUGCUCUACUUAAGUCUUUUCCAGUAAGCGGAUCUUUUCACGAUUUGUACAUUAGUACCGUUUGUGCUGCACAUCAAUUUAAUUGAAUUUGAGCUGCAAUAUUAAUCAAUGUAACUAGAUUUUCCUUCCUCAGGGUUCCAUUCCAAGUUAUUCAUUAUUCAUUUCAUUUAUACAGUUUUUAUUUAAUUUUUUAUUUGUUCUUCUUUAAUUGGACUGCCGAUGGUUAGUUGAGAGGCUGUAUCAUGAUUUUUGUGAGGUUAUGGAACAUUGAAUGAGUCACAGCCUGUAUAUUCAUGAGCUGUAUAAAU